AUUUACAGUUGAAUAGGUGUUAAAAAUUUAGGAUGGUUGAAAUUGCUUUGUACUGUUAGACAAUUGCUGAUUCUGACAAAUGAUGGACGCCAGUCUGCACAAUUUUUGAAAAUUGAUAUAAAUUGACGAUUUACAGCCAAGUACAUCCAAAAUGGCUGAAUUUUCAGAUCAUAGUUUGAAACUUUCGGCAACAGCAAGUUCUGAAAUAAGUGCUAUGAACUUUAUGAAGUCACCCAAUCAUUCUUCAGUUGAGCCUAGAGUUUGCCUGGUUGAUAGCGCUGCAAACAAUAGCGAACUUAUUCAGGCUUUAAAUAAUAUAAAUAUACCAUUUGUCGCAUCUAAAGAUGGUUCUGAAUACAUUGACUUGGAAGAUGAUCAAUAUGAAACUAUAUUCGUACUUGAAGAGUUCGACAGCGAAUAUUUCAACAAUUUAAAACAUUCUGUUCAUAGGGUCUUGGGAUCGCCGGUCAUAAUGCAUGUUGCCCUUACCAACGAACCCUUACCAUAUACAUACAGACCCCAAUAUUGUAGCUGUAUGCAAGGAUUAAAUCUUUGCUUCACCAAUUUCAAAACCAAAGAACAUUUAACACGGCUUGUCACAACUUGUCAUUACAUGGGAGCUUGUAUAAAGAAAGAUAUGAGUGCAAAAAUUGAUUUUCUCGUUACUAAUGGCUUUCACGGACCAAAAUACCGUACGGCUGUCAGCCUUGGCAUACCAAUAAUGAGAGAAGAUUGGGUUCAUUUGUGUUGGAACGCAAGAAAAAGAACUGGAAUUCAUGCAACUCAUGAUGAAUUUGUUUUUCCAUGCAAAGCGAAACCUUUCGAAGGAUGCGUUUUGAGUUUCUAUGGAUUCCCUGCUGAAGAAUGCGAGCAUAUGAAAGAGCAAGCAUUGCAACAAGGAGCAAAAACAGCAGACAUCGGGGAUCCAUCAUGUACACAUGUAAUCGUUGAUGAAAAUAACAUUACGAGUCUUUCAUUUGAACCAAAAGGAAAACUCUUUGUUGUUGUUCAAGAAUGGUUCUGGGGCAGUAUACAGAUUGAAGCCAGGGCUGCUGAAUCAAUUUACAUAUUCGAAAUGCCCGAAACAAAACAAACAAUGACAAGAAGUUCUACAUGUUCAUCAUUACUAGGUACACCACAUAAAUAUAGAAAAUCAAGUUGCGAAUCUGGAGUUUCACGAGCCUCAUCCUCGUCGAAAUAUUCCUUCAGUAGAAAAAGAUCAAGAAUGAAGGAAGAGACUUUGGCUAAAUUAGCGAUGGAUUCUGAUCCGGACUGCGGAUCUCAACCUGCAUCAAAACGAAAAUCUACUGAUAUGACUACGUGUAUGAACGAAUCAUUAAUGCUUGACAUUUCAAAUAAUAUAAAAACAAGGAGUUCACCCCGUCAAUCUGAUUCGAUGAAAGAUUCAUCAAAUAACGCUGUAAAAAAGGCUGUGUCUGCCCGUUUUCAAGUUGCGAUGGAGUUUUUACAAACCGAGAAAAAUUAUGUUGGAAUAUUAAAUACAAUUAUAAACGUCUUCAAAAAGCCACUUGAAGAUUUAAGACAAGCUGGCGGACCUAUACUUCCUGGCGAAAAUAUUAAAGUAAUAUUUGGAUCGUUACCUGAAAUUCAUCAAGUACACACGAGAAUGGCAGCCGAUUUGUCAAACGUUAUGGAGACAUGGGGUGACUCAUCCUGCGUUGGAUGUAUCGUCGAUAAAUAUGCUAAAGAAUUUGUGCGUUGUUAUCCCCCUUUUGUAAAUUUCUUUGAGAUGAGUAAAGAGAUGAUUGACUCGUGUGAAUCUACAAUGCCCCGAUUUCAUGCAUUUUUGAAAAUUAACCAAGCUAAGAAAGAAUGUGGAAGACAAACUCUUGCUGAAUUACUUAUCAACCCAGUACAACGGUUACCCCGAAUACUUUUACUUUUACAAGAUAUUAAAAAGCACACAGAAAGGGAAAAUAAAAAUCACCCGGACGUGUUGGGAAUUCAAACGGCACUGGAUGCAGUUAAAGAGGUAAUGACCCAUAUCAACGAAGAUAAAAGAAAAACGGAAUCGCAAAAACAAAUUUUUGAUAUUGUUUAUGAAGUUGAAGGAUGUCCACCCACAAUUGUUUCUUCACAUAGGCAGUUCGUAACUCGCUCAGAAUUAAUCUCAGUUGACGAUAAUUUAACGAGUAAAGGAGAUCAUGUUUGUCUAUUUCUGUUUACUGACUGUGUUGAGAUAGCCAAAAGAAAACACGGCGCAAAGACACAAAGUUUUAAAAGUCCGAAAGUUCACACAGGAAUUCAAUCGACUGCGCGCUCUCUCAAACAUAUCAGACUCCUGUCACUUUCCCACAUCAAAAAAGUUGUCAAUAUAAAAAAUUCUGAUGAUUGCCAAAGUGCUUUUUCAUUGUUCUGUCGUACGCCAACAGAUACUCAAGAUUGGUUGUAUACUUUCAAAGUUGUGACAUGUUCAAGUACAUGUGGUGGCCAAGUUGACGAAAAGGACCAGGAACCUAAUGCAACUUUAACGGGAGAUGAAGGAAAAAAUAGACUGCUACAGCUCAUUUCUAGACAUCGUGCUAAUACUGUUUGCAAAACCAGUGAUGACAAUUUUAUUCACACUCUAUCCUCUCAAGAUUUAGAUAUUAGCACUACAGAUAUUGGUUCCACUUUUGGAAGGGCUUUCCGAGCUGCUAAAAAAUCACAUAGGAAAUUGACGCGUGCUUUUUCAUUCAGUCGGACUCCACGAAAUACGGUACAAAGAGCCGUUUCAACUAUGAUGAGCCCAAGUAUGAAAGCAGUAGCAUCAAACAAUCACAUAACACCUGGAUUAGGUGCAACACCUUCCCGUGCGUGGCCCGCAUCAAAAUUAUUUGAAGACGAAAAUGGCGAUGGUUCCGACUACCAUACUGGAUCUUCAACUUCUGGUUUGACGCCUGGAAUGAGCAUCAACAGUCUUUGUACGCCUAAACGUCACACUAGAUUGUCGAGUUCUUCAAGUUUUCAAGCUGAAAAUGAGGAGAAUAUAUUCACAGGAUCGCAGUCAAUGAUGAAACCUUCAAUGAGUAUGAUGAGUUUACAAGGACCUGAAAAUCAUUAUCCGGGAAUUCUCGCUCACACCAAAGGUCAUGAAUUUCAAGCUCCAACUCCUCCAGUGAGAAGAAAAAGGGGUGCUGCCAAGGCUGUAAAAGCGGCCACAGUUGCAUUGGGCCGUGCCGGUUCUUUCAGGAGAAAGAAUAAAAGAGAAUUACAGUGAAAUGUUCAUGAUUUUUUUCAUGUUUCUUAAAUCUGUUCAUUUGAAUAAGACUACUAAUACAAAUAAAUCAGAGUUGGAAAUACUGCAUACAUAAAAUUUCAUGUUUGAAAUCAUUGUAAAAAGCUUAGGUGUGGAAAUAAGUAGAAUCUAAAGUUCCGGCCUGUGAAUAUUAAUUUCCUAUCGGAAGAAUUGUAAAAAAGUAAUACUAGCACAUGAAAUGAUCUUGCGAAAUUUGCCCAUAAUAAGCAUCAUAUGCAUUGCUAAGCUUAUGCUAAGUAGCCAGCUUCCAUAAUAUGUAAUGGUAAAGAAGGGAAAUUUACAAUAUAAUUAUUUAACUGAUUCAAUUUUUGGGGUUUGAAUUUGAUAUUGAAUUCCCUAAUCUAAUUCACUGAUUUGAGUAUCGUAUUCACGGGCCAUGAGGCGCAACGUCAAUAAAUUGCUUAGAUUAUAGGUUUAUCCACACAUAAUGUGCAUGGUACUGGUUUUGAGGGUAGCCAAUAAAGCACUACCUGAUCCAUACAUUAGGCGCUAUUUGAAGAGCAUUUUAUGGUCUCUAAAAUACGGUAUGUAGCUCAUUAUUUGUCAUCAACGUGUGGUAUCAAUAAUCGUUACUUAUCGAACUUGUACAACUAUUUUUAGCUAUGUAGCUGAAAAUUCUUAUAUGGAUUCCAUCCUUUUCUUAUUUCUGAACCCUUCAAAACUAUUCGUAUUCUGUGGUAUCGAUUUUACCAAUCAUUUUGAGUCUUUUUUUGACUCGUCGUUGUUAUAUUUGAUUUUUGUAAUCUUUGUUCUGCUGUAUAUGUAAACAUCACUGCCGCAUUAUCACUGCCUAAAAUUUGUUCAUAUUUUUGACCUGACCAAUCAUAAAUAGUCUCAUAGCAAUACAUAAUUAAAUGUUCACUCCAGAAAAUAAUUUCUAAAUGGCAUCUUUGUCUAAAUAAUUUAUGAUUCCUAAAUUUGAAUUGGAUAUUUUAAACAUUUCAUUCUGGUGGGCCUUUUUCUGUUUACCAUUCCUCUGAACUAUCAACAGUCACUCAUAGAUAGGAAGCUCUAAAAUUUGUAGUCAAUUUUGUGUGAAGAAUCCUAAUCAGUAAAACCAUGAAUGAGUCUGUGGGCUUGAGUUUACUAUUAACUGGGAUACAAACAUAACCAGGGUGACCAAAACCAAAUACAUUCUGAGGAACUAUUUUCGAAUAUGGGAUAUCGAAUACAUUCUAAAUUGGGGGCAGGUUGUCUCCAUGUUGAUCACAUCUAAAACAACAUAAAUAUAGAAGGUCAUUGUUUUCUCUGUGUUGUAUGUUAUCUUAUUGAACGGUUUGAUUUGCUUUUCAGACGACUCAGUCCUCAAUUCUCGAAUUAAAAUAUUCUAAAUUAUUCCUAAAUUAAAAAAAAAUUUAUACCGAAAAUAAUAAUUCUCAAAUGUAUUCGAUUUUGUUUUGGACCUCAUUGCGCUAAGACCUUCGACCAGUAAUGCCAAUAUAGUUAAUUCAAUGGUGAAAUCCAUUCAACCAUUGGUCUUUAGUUCUUUAGCAUAUUUGCUUUGCACUGCUAUAAAAGUUGCCUUUCGAUUUUGGUAUUAUAAUUUCUGCUAUUGUGAUAACAGCAUUAUUUACUCAGCAAUUAGUGAUCACUAAAUAUUUCUCGAAACUGUAUAUCGAUAAUCACCAAUUAAUUAAUAACAGCUAUAACUGACAGAAUGAUUUUUUACUUGAUGGAAUUUGUGAAAUUCAGGUUUUUGGGGUUUUAAUAUAAUAUUGUCACACUAUGCUCGUGAAUUUGGAUAUUUCUUAAUCUAAUCAUUUUGAAUAAAAUAGGGUUUAUUUUGGGUUUGUUGCGAGGAAUUUCAAACUAAGUAAAUGGAAUUUUUUGCAACAGUUAUCUUGAAUAUAUUAUCUGAAAUUUGAUUAAGUUGGAUUAUUUUAAAAUGUGAUUUGUUUUGCAAAAUUUUUGCUUAUAAUCGUUAGAAUUGGUUGAAUUACUUCUUCGUCUCUCACUGGUUAUUUUCUCCCCAACUGAAUUUGAUUUUAUUAACUGAGACAUACAAGUGAUUUUACAGCAUUUUUCAAAUGUUUUCAGUUCGGAUUUUGUGUGCUCUCUAUAAUAUCCCAUAUUCCCAUGCAUGCCUGAUUUGGAAUUGCUUAUAAUCAUUAAUAUUAGGUACCGGUAUUGUAAGUUUAGUAUGCACCCUAUUUUCAUUGCUUCUAUGGUGUUUUCCUUAAUUAAG